AUGACAGACCAGAAACCCAUUCGUGUUGCCAUCAUUGGCGCCGGCCCUGGUGGUCUCGUACUCGCGCAGAUACUUCGACAAGACCUUCGCUUCAGUGUGACUGUCUACGAGCGCGGUGUGCGUGAUGGUAGCGGCAUAAGUUCGUUGGUUGGUUUCCGUAUCCUUGUUCCCCCCUCUAUCCUCGAUGAUUUGCGCAGCCAGCUUCCUGCGUCUGUAGCGACUCUUAUCGAUGACGCCAUUGGCAUUCCACAAGCACAGGGAAAUCGCGUGGCGUUUAUGGAUGAGCAAUGUAGGCUCAUCUGUCGUCUGGAUGUGCAGCAGUCCAGGGACAUGUGCUCUAUAUCAAGGUGGAAGUUGCGGGAGGCUCUGUUGCACGGCGCAGAAGAUAUUGUCAAAUUCGGCAAAGAGUUUUCAUCUUAUGAGCAAUUGGGUGGAGAGUCGGGUGACGUAAAGGUGCGCUUUACAGAUGGGGAUGCGAUUGAAUGCGAUGUCCUAGUCGGAGCCGACGGAGCCGGUUCAAAAGUGCGGAAACUGUUGCUGCCAGACAGUCAGAGGAGUGCCAGUGGCCUUACUGUUAUCUACUUCAAAGCGCCAUUUACACCCGAGACCGAAGCCAUGAUUCCUUGGAAGUCUGGAUGUGUGGCAAUUACACCCAGGCGUUCCAUGGUGGUGGCUUACUACAAAGAUCGCCAGAGACCAUACGGACCAUAUGACUUGGAAAGGAUUGACCCUGCCGACUCGUUUCUCAUGUUUGGGCUGGGCUGCUACACCAACGAGUUCGAGAACCAGAGCAAACAUCCUGACGAGAUGACUCCCGAGGAGUUGAAGGAUGAGUGUUUGGCCAGAGCCAAGAAUUGGAGUCCGCUUCUUCGGGCUCUAAUUGCGCUGAGUGUACCCAGCUCAGUGUUUGUGUCGCAUGUCAAGACGCAAGAUCCGAUCAAGGCAUGGGAGUCGGGAAGGGUCACUCUUUUGGGGGACGCCGCUCAUAGUAUGACCCCAUACCUAGGCAAGGGUGCCAGCAGCGCCAUCAUAGACGCCAUGUCCCUUGCCAAAGCUCUCAAAUCUGAGCCAAAGCAAGGCCAAGGUGACUUUCACAAAGCGCAGCUAUCCAUCUAUGAGGAAGCAAUGCUGAAGCAUGGCUUUGAAGCUGCUAGACAGAGCAUGACUGCGCAAAAGUUCACUUUCAAUGCUGGAGAUACCCCGUGGAAGUGUUGGUGGCGGAACCUGGCGCUCAAGGCGUGGGACUGGUGGAUGUUACAUCCACCAGCGAUAGAGGAGGAUUUCCCAGUGAGCUAUAGUGAGAUGAAGAAGGACGUAUGA